AUGGAGUUUAAAAUUCUUUUACAUGUUUUUUUCAUCAUAUAUGCUGGAGCUGCCGUCACUUGGGCUUCAGAUAUCAUUGUCACUCACACGUCGGAUGAUGUCACGGAUGAUCUCGAUGAGUGGAUGGCGGCAGCCAAGCGUGUGUCACCGGACGUACUCAAAGCCUGCCCUAUCCCAUGCGGUGGGGGUCAGGACAUCAAUUCCAGCGCGGGCUGGUUUUUGUAUUCGGACCUCACAAAACUGGCAUUCUGCAAUGAGACAAUGCUUCUCAACAUGGUCGUACAAUCAUCUCUCGACGACGACAACAAAGGCGCAUUGGAGAUAGUUAAAGCAUGCUCAGCCGACUACGAGCCCAAUACGAACGCCGCGCAUGUGCCUGAUGAGAAGAAGGCGUCUUUAUGUACCACAGCCAACCGAGUUUUGGAAAAUGCUACUGUAUUCAUGCAUCAACCGACAGCCGACAACAACGAUGGAUUUUCUACCAAUCAUCUCCUUGCGGCUGGAAAUCAGAUCGCCAAUCACCUCAGUUUGCAACAACCUUCUUGCACAAACAAUGCGAUGGAAUUCGCCUAUUCCCAAUCAUCCGCGGUGGGACUCUUUGCCGGAGCUGAGGUUCAUCAGCAUGGGUUGACUUCAGACGUCCUCAAAGUCUUUCUGGACUUUGCGCGAGAAAGAUCGGUUUCUCAAUCGAUUGUUGUCCAAUUAUGUGGAAAUGGUCAUCGCGGGGCAGAUUACAGCAUGGGGAUCGUUGCCACGAGCGUGUCAAACCUUCAAUUUGUGAAACAGGCCGUUAGCACGUGGGCUGAUGGCGGUUGUGUUUCUCAAGCUGGAGCUGGCGAGGCAUGGAUGCAAGUCACCCUACGCGUUCCCACGCCAAUCGACUCAUGGUUGAACAACGCGACAAAUAUGACUUCAGGACCUGAGACGAAAUCUCCCACUCAUUUCACCGCACGAUCUUACCUUAGCGCUAGGGCUGACUGUAAGACGAUUACCGUUCAGUCCGGCGAUGGUUGCGUCACUGUGGCGAACAGAUGUGGGAUCAGCCAAGCCAAUCUGGAGAAGUACAAUCGCGCCAAGCUUUGCACUACCCUGGUGAAAGACGAGAAGGUCUGCUGCAGCAGUGGCACAUUGCCAAGUACUUUGCCAUCUGGAAACUCCGACGGUACAUGCAAGACAAGGCCAGUUGUAAGCGGCGAUACAUGUGCGUCACUUGCGUCAAAAUGUGGCAUCAGUGCGGCAGAAUUCACGCAGGUCAACACCAAGACCAACCUCUGCUCAUCGCUGGCGCCAGGGCAACAGGUAUGCUGCUCUAGCGGCAAGAUGCCGGACCUCAAGCCUAAGCCUGACGUCAGUGGCAACUGCGCUGUCUAUACGACUAAGAAAGAUGACAGCUGUUCAGUGAUUGCGGCCUCUCGUGACCUGACCGUGACCGAGCUGGAGUCUUUCAACAAGAAAACAUGGGGGUGGAACGGCUGCAAGCGACUUUUUCCGGAUUUCAAGAUGUGUGUGAGCACCGGUGGCCCCCCGAUGCCAGCCAGCGUGCCCAACGCGGUUUGCGGACCAACGGUGAACGGUACUAUGCAGACACCUGUAUUCUUGACCGGCGGUGAUCUCUCUAUGCUCAAUCCCUGUCCGUUGAACGUUUGCUGCAACAUCUGGGGCCAGUGUGGAUUGACCGACGACUUUUGUGUCAUCUCCAAAUCCGAGACCGGUGCGCCUGGCACAUCGGCUCCAGGGGAAAAUGGAUGCAUUAGCAAUUGUGGAAGGGAUAUCAUCAAAGGUUCGGCACCAGCGAGCAAGAUCAAAGUGGCCUAUUACGAGUCGUGGAACUUUGCCCGGGACUGCUUGACCAUGUGGGUGGACGAGAUCGACACAGAUGCCUACACACACAUUCACUUUGCAUUUGCAAACGUCACAAGAGGCGACUACAAAGUGGAAAUCACUGACCCAUCGGUCAUGGAGCAGUUUGAACUGUUCAAGGGCAUGACUGGAGUAAAGAAGAUUGUCUCACUUGGUGGUUGGGCCUUCAGUACCGAGCCUGGAACCUUCUCGAUCCUCCGCGAAGCUGCACUACCUGCCAACCGUGAGCUCUUCAAGAACAACCUCAUUUCCUUUGUGAAUGAACACGGCCUUGAUGGGAUAGACCUCGAUUGGGAGUAUCCAGGAGCUCCCGAUAUUCCAGAAAUCCCUAGCGACGACCCUGUGAACGGCGUGAAUUACUAUCGACUUCUUUCAAGUCUCAAGACAUCUCUUGGCUCUUCCAAGACUGUCUCGUUUGCAGCGCCGGCAUCAUAUUGGUACCUCAAGUCGUUUCCAAUCAAGCAGAUGGCUUCAAGUCUCGACUACAUCAUCUACAUGACCUACGACUUGCACGGACAAUGGGACUAUGGCAACAAAUGGACUUCUCCGGGUUGCGACACUGGCAACUGUCUCAGGUCUCAUGUUAACGAGACAGAGACCAAAGACGCCCUGUCUAUGAUCACCAAAGCUGGCGCGCCCUCAAACAAAGUUGUUGUAGGUGUCGCCAGCUAUGGCCGGUCGUUCAAGAUGGCGCAGGCCGGCUGUGAUUCGGAACAGUGCAAGUUCACUGGGUCAGCUCGGGUAUCCAACGCUCAGCAGGGGAGAUGUACUGCUACUUCAGGGUACAUUUCCAAUGCUGAGAUUGACGAAAUCAUUAAGUCUGGCAGCGUGAACAAACAGUGGAAAGAGGAGGGUUCCAACAUCAUGGUCUACAACGAUACUGAGUGGGUGGCAUGGAUGGACGAAGACAUGAAGAAGACGCGAUCGGAUUUCUAUGACUCGUAUAACUUCGCAGGUACUACAGAUUGGGCUGUUGACCUUCAGUCUUUUGUUGACGGCACCGGCGAAGACGACGACGGAGACUACCUCAUCGAUCCUGAUUGGUUUUCGGAAUGCGGAUCUUCCGAAUUCGCAACACUCCAGCAACUCGAGGAUCGGAAGGAUUCGAUACCGCCCCACUGCAUGGAACAAUACAUCCUAAAUGUGCAGGUAGCCAUUUACGAAGACGCUCUCGCAACAUACAAGACACUAGUCGACGGCGACUAUGACAAGAAGUUUGAAAUCUACCAGAAGUUUGUCAAAGCUCAGAUUCCUGACCAGAUUGACAACUUCAUGGCUUCGGAUCGGGUUGAUAAGUACUUCACGUGCAAAGACUACAAGUGGCGAACAUGUUGCUCUUCCUGCAAAGUUCCCGAAUGUGCGGUCGAUUGUGUUGGUUACAUCAGCGACAAGAAUUGCAAAUCCGGGUAUGGUGACGUCGCAAUGGACAAAUGCCCGAAGAUGGAGUUCGGGGACAAGGGGCUUGAUGUAGGGGAGCGUAUACCCAACGUCACGUUCACGCUCAACGACUCGGACAGCUUCUUCAAGGACCUCGCAGACGCAUGGGGCAUCGAAGAGUCUUGGAUUUCCUUCCGCCCGAGACUCAUGCACAUUACCCCCAAUGGUUGUCAGGGGGUCGAAAAGCCAGAAGACCUCAAACCAUGUUUGCUGCGGACCAAUCAAUAUUUCUGGAAUUACCCCGGACCCAAAGAGGACAUCGAAAUUUACAACCCCAAAGACAUUGUUGGAGACUCAUAUUCCAAAGCCAAUGAGAUGCUCGACUCUUUCCAAUACAUGCAGGAGUUUGGCGAUUACGAUGAGGAGAUGCUACUGUCCGAUUUGGUCGAUGCCACAUCAAUCCCUGCAUUCGCAAUCCAAGAGGCGAUUGAAAGCAUGAAGCAAAUCAUCGACAAGGCCAACGAUAUUGAGAAGAAAGAGCGGGAGGAAUUUAUCCUGAAUUUCAUCACAAGCCUUCUCUUUUUCAUUCCUGUAGUGGGUGAAGCCGCUGGCGCUGCAGGCCUAACAGCUGCGCGAAGUUUGUUGCGGCUUAUUGGCACUGCAGGUGACGCGGCUCUAACACUAUACACUGUGAUCGAGGAUCCUGAAAACGCGCUUAUUGCCGUCUUUUCCUACUUGGCUGGCGCAGGCGUUGGUCGGAGUGGCUUCAAGAACGCGGCCCAGUCGAGGCGGGCUAUUAGUCAGAAGGAUUAUGCUAGUCUCGGCAACGUAAGGACGAAGCUUGAUACAGUGGAGAGUCUUCGGGGAGCUAUCUGCGCGAUAUAG